AUAAAAGAGCUACCAGUUUUCACCUGAAAAUCAUUUUACGAACAUAAACGUUCUUUAUCAUAUUUUAAUAUUGAUCUCGGAAAAAGAUAAUUUCGGGUUAUUUUGUUUGUGUUUACUUCAUAUCGUUACAGCGAAUUUAUAAAAUGGCCAAUCGCGACGCAGCCACCAAUCAAUUAAUUGACUACAAAAACAAUUUGUCGACACCACCAGGCACUAUUACCACAGGAUCUGGCAAUCCAGUUGGCAUUAAGGAUGCUACGCUAACUGUUGGGCCAAGAGGUCCGGUCUUGUUGCAGGAUGUUAAGUUUCUGGAUGAAAUGGCUGCAUUCGAUCGUGAGCGCAUCCCUGAACGUGUCGUCCAUGCUAAGGGUGCUGGUGCUUUUGGUUAUUUCGAAGUAACCCAUGAUAUUACGAAAUACUCUGCUGCAAAGGUGUUCGAAAAGGUGCAUAAACGUACACCAGUAGCAGUACGUUUUUCUACUGUAGGUGGCGAAAGUGGAUCUGCCGAUACUGUUCGUGAUCCACGUGGUUUUGCUGUUAAAUUUUACACUGAAGACGGUAUUUGGGAUCUGGUGGGCAACAAUACGCCUAUAUUCUUCAUUCGCGAUCCGAUUUUGUUCCCCAGCUUUAUCCAUACCCAGAAACGUAAUCCUCAAACUCACUUGAAAGAUCCGGAUAUGUUUUGGGACUUCUUAACUCUUCGACCGGAAAGUACCCAUCAGGUAUCCUUUUUAUUCAGCGAUCGUGGCAUACCCGAUGGUUAUCGUCAUAUGAAUGGUUAUGGCUCUCAUACUUUUAAGUUGGUGAAUUGCAAAGGCGAGCCUGUUUACGCCAAGUUCCAUUACAAAACGGAUCAAGGUAUUAAGAAUCUUGACACUAAGGUUGCACAAGAUCUGUCCGCAACUGAUCCCGAUUAUAGCACUCGUGAUUUGUUUAAUGCUAUUAAGAAUGGCAAUUAUCCAAGUUGGACUUGGUAUAUUCAAGUGAUGACUCUAGACCAGGCUAAGAAAUAUAAAUAUAAUCCAUUUGAUGUAACAAAGGUGUGGAGCCACAAAGAUUUUCCACUCAUACAAUUUGGCAAGAUGGUGCUCGAUCGUAAUCCGGCCAAUUACUUUGCUGAAGUGGAACAAAUCGCUUUCAGUCCAGCGCAUUUGGUACCAGGAAUUGAACCAUCACCUGAUAAGAUGUUGCAGGGUCGUCUUUUCUCUUAUUCUGAUACGCACCGACACCGUUUGGGGCCAAAUUAUUUGCAGAUACCCGUUAAUUGUCCAUACCGCGUUAGCGUUAAGAAUUAUCAACGCGAUGGUGCAAUGCGUGUUAAUGAUAAUCAAGGUGGUGCUCCUAAUUAUUUCCCCAACUCAUUCUCCGGUCCAGAUGAGAGUGCUCGUGCAAAGAGUCUGAUGCCGUGUUGCCCUGUGCAGGGUGAAGUUUAUCGUUUCACAAGUGGAUUUACUGAAGACAACUACAGCCAAGUGACCGACUUUUGGGUUUAUGUUUUGGAUGACAAGGCCCGUCAACGUUUGGUAUCUAAUAUUGUUGGCAGUUUAAGCAACGCCAGCCAAUUCAUUCAAGAACGUGCUGUUAAGAACUUUACUUUGGUUCAUGCCGAUUUUGGCAGAAUGCUCACCGAAGGCCUUAACUUGGCUAAAUCUGCCAAAAUUUAAACCACUAAAGCACUCACAUUUCAUUCAUUUUGCACUUUUACACGAUGUUUGCAUUGUUAAUACACACAAUAACCACUUGGUGAGGGUUUUUAUCUUAUUGAGCACUUAGAGGGAUGUUGUUUGGAAACUGCUAACUGAGUAGAGUUUUUUUUGGCGCUUUCAUUGAUUUGAAUGUGAUUUUUAUAAAAUUGAAAUGCUUUAAGGUUGAGAAAAAAAGAUACGACAAAGGAGAUUAGGAAAUCUGAAUGAGUGGUUUACUUUUGCCAGUCUCAUUAUGGAGAAUAAUUAAAAAAAAGCCAAGUGCCCUUUAUGUGCUUAAAAUCUUAAUAAAUCAUUUUUUGGAUUGCAACAAGUUAUUCUAGAUAUACACACAAAUAUAUGUUUUUUUAUAUUUUUUAAUAAAAUGAUAUUUAAAAAAGCUUA